AUGAAAUUUCCUUCUUUUCUUCCUUUUUCUUUCUUUCUUUUUCUUUCUUCCAUUUCUUUUUCCUUCUUUCCUUUCUUUUUCCUUCUUCCAUUUCUUCUUCCUUCUUUUCUUUCUUUUUCCUUCUUCCCUUUCUUUUUCCUUAUUUUCUUUUUCCUUCUUCCCUUUCUUUUUACUUCCUCAUUUUCUUUUUCCUUCCUUUUCUUUCAUUUUCCUUUGUCCCUUUCUUUUUCCUUCUUUUAUUUAUUUUUCCUUCUUCCCUUUCUUUUUUCUUCCAUUUCUUUGCUCUUUUUUUCUUUCUUUUCCUUCUUUUCUUUCUUCUUUUCUUAUCAGCACAAUUUUUUAGAUUUUUUCCUCUUUGAUUUCUUUUACUUUGCAUUUUCUUUGUUUUCUUUUUUCUGCUUUGCUUUCUUAUAUUUUCUUCUUUUUUGCCUUUUUACUUAUUUUUUCCUACUUAUAUAUGAUAUUUGCUUUUUCUUUCUUCUUCAUUUUUUUUUUCUUCUUUGUCUUUUUUCUACUUUCUUUGUUUUCUUUUUCUUUGUCUUUUUCAUUUUUCUUUUCUUUCUGCUUUUUCUUCCAAUUUUUUUGCCUUCUUUUUUCUAUUUUAUUUUUCUUCUCUACUUUCUUUUUCUUUCUAUUUUUCUUUUGAUUUUCCUUUACUUUCUUUGA